GGGGCAGCCCAUGUGGACCAGCUUAUUUGCAGUCAGGGCCCAACCUUCUCGUUUCCAUCUUUUCCUCCUUUCUGUUCCAGUGAAUUCACUCGCACAAACCUGAAAUCGAACCUGAAAUCAAACCAAGAUCGAGCGGAAGCACGGCACCACGCCAUGGAGGCGCUGCUGGAGCUAGAAAAGGUGCAGAGGGUGCUCUCGCUCAUGGGCUCCCGUGGCCUCUCCGAUUCCAACGGCAGCGGCGGCGGGGACCGCUUCCUCGCCCACUUCCUCCUCUUCCUGGCGCAACCGUUUGAUUCACUUGCCAUUGAGAAGAAGGUCAUAUUAAUCUCUGAGCUUUUGAAAGAGGUUAAUUCUGAUACUCUCAAAGAAGUUCAACGUCUAGCCAGUCUGGACGGUACUAAUAGGGAAGAUGAACCAACUAAGCAGUUCAAGAUGGAUGCUGAGAAAUUAAUCAUUCAUGAUGCACCUAUGAUUGGAUUCGAUGCAAUGAUGAGAGCCAAUUCCAUCCAGGAUGCACCUAUGAUUGGAUUCGAUGCAAUGAUGAGAGCCAAUUCCAUUCAGGAUGCACCUAUGAUUGGAUUCGAUGCAAUGAUGAGAGCCAAUUCCACGCUUGAAGAUUUUUGCAGGUCAUACUUCAUAUUUCAUGGUUUGGAUGUUAACAGACCACACUCUGUUUUCAAGUUUCUUCCUUUUCUUUCUUUUACAGAGAGCUACAUAUACCAGUUAGAUGCUUCAAAUGAAGACAGUUUGCAAUUAGUUCCAGACAACAACGCUUCUUCAACAGUAUUGCAAAGGAAAAUACAAGGUUCUAGUCAGACGUCCUUGUCUGACAUGCUUGAUCCCCUUGAUAAUCUUCUUCAGUGCCAGGGGUUAAUGACAGAUCAAUUGCGAAAUGAACUCAAAUCUGGCAUCCAGUAUUGGUCUCUAGAGAGGAAGCUUUGUCAAGCAUUAUCAAGAAGUGAUAAGAUAUCUAUCGAAGAUGUUAUGGAAGCAAUCCAUCUCAAAUCAUUUGACUAUCGAGUCCUUAAUCUGAUUAUGUAUCAGCUUACUGGUCAGAAGGUCAAUGACUUGCAUAUGGAUUUCUUGUCUGUCUCAGAAUUUUUAGUUGAGAUAUGUGAUGACCUGUAUGAUUAUGAGGACGAUGUGGUUAACAAUACUUUUAACAUCCUCCGCAUGUUUGCUGCGAUAUAUGGACCUUUAGAUGCACCAAAGAUGCUGGCCAAGUGCAUUGGUGAAGCUGAGGAAAAAUAUGAGAGCUUCUCAAAGAAAUUGGACCCUAACAUUUCAAGAAGUUACUGGAGAAGAUGUGAGGAGGCUACAAAGGAAGGUGGAGAAAUAUCAGGCCAUACGUAUGGCACAUGGAAUAUCCCUCCUCUGAUAAGAGAUGAAGAAUCAUUUCGCCUUGAUAGAUCGAGCAGAGGUGAUGCUUCUGCCAUGGCCAUAAGAUGACAGAUACCAUGCUCCCCGCAUCUUCAAAUGGAGGCUUAAUUAUCACUGCUAGUAAAUGCUUUGCCAUACAUGCUUAAUUUCUAUUAAUUCCUGCAAGUUCAAAUGGAGAAAUUAUCUGAGCAUCCUCUGUGUAAGGUGGCGGGGUGUGUUAACAUCUCAUGCAGUUCACUUAAGCAAAUUUCACAAGAUUUUGUGCUGUUGCAAGCAUAUUAGUUGAGAGGAUGCGAGCCAAUGCAACCAUAUUUUGUGUUUUGAUUGAACUCAGGCUCAAUUAAGUCAAAAUAGCAUUAUUUUGAUUUUUGACCCAAA